AUGGGCAAAGGCGGCGACGGAAGCGAGAAUGUGCCAUCCCUGCGGCGCUCCUCCAGCCUGCUGCGCAGGCUGCAGCAGGCCGGCAUAUCGUCCAGGGUUGGCGACAUCAAGGCCGAUCUCACCGUACUGAAGAACAUCUGGUUCAAGAAGCUGAGGACUGAUGGGAGUCAUGCUCAGAGGCUGGAGCAGUUUUACGGACCCCAGGCCCAUGCAUACGAUGCCUUCCGCUCCAAGUUCCUGUGGGGCCGGGAGCCGCUCGUGGCUGCCUGCGCUGCACGACUGAAGGCCAACUCUGACAUGGUCUGGGUCGACCUGGGCGGCGGCACAGCCGAGAACGUGGCGCUGAUGUCCAAGUUCAUGGAUCUGAAGAGGUUCAGCCACAUCUAUGUGGUGGAUCUGUGUUCCUCCCUGUGCAGACAGGCGGAGCAGAAGGUGGCUCAGCAUGGCUGGACCAACGUGACUGUGGUGGAAGGUGACGCCUGCACCUUUGUUCCCCCCGGCGAUGUUGCGACCCUCGUCACCUUCUCCUAUUCCCUCUCAAUGAUCCCCGACUUCCUCGCGGCAAUCGACGCCGCCGCCAGCUACCUGGACCCCUCCAUCGGCAUCCUGGGCGUCACCGACUUCUACGUCUCCUCCAAGUUCGACUUCCCGCUGCGCCAGCUGUCCUGGGUGCGCCGCUUCUUCUGGCGCAGCGUCUUCGACACCGACAACAUCGACAUCGGCCCCGAGCGCCGCCACUACCUGGACCACAAGCUGUGCCGGGUGUGGGAGCGCAACGGCGAGGGCACCAUCCCCUAUGUCCCCGCCCCACUCCGCUGCCCCUUCUACGUGUGGUUGGGCCGGGCGCCCACCCUGGCAGCGCAGCUGGUGGAGCCCAAGGUGGAGGCCCCCCACUGCUUCCCUCCCACCUUCCUGUAUACCCAGUCCUGGGAGGACCCUGCGGUGGACGAGCCCAUCCUGGACAUCCAGCCCGACGACGUCUGCCUCACCCUCACCUCCGGCGGCUGCAACACACUGCACCUGUGCCUGGCCGGCGCCGCCCAGGUGCACUCUGUGGACUGCAACCCCGCGCAGUCGGCGCUGCUGGAGCUCAAGGCCGUGGCCAUCCGUCGACUGGGCUACGACGACGUGUGGAGCCUCUUUGGAGAGGGACGCCACGCCGACUUCCCGCGCCUGUAUGAGCGCGAGCUGAGCCCCUUCCUGACGCAGACUUCGCAUGCGUUCUGGCGCGACCGCCUGCACUACUUCAGGCAGGGCCUCUACUACCAGGGCGGCAUGGGCGCCGUCGUGUGGAUGGCGCAGUGGCUGUUCUGGGCGCUGGGCCUGGGUGGUGGCAUGAAGCGCCUGGUCUCCGCUCCCACACUGGAGGACCAAGUCAAGGUCUGGGAAGGCCUCUGGGUUGUGCGCUUCCUGGUCUAUGCCCCGGUCUGGCUUUCCUCCCUGUUCGUCCAGUUCUUUGCGGCCCUGCUCUUCAACCGUGUGACCCUCUGGUUUGGCGCCGGCAUCCCCUGCAAGCAGGCCGCCCUCAUCCGCAAGGACGGCGUGCGGCUGAGCACAUACGCGGCCCGCGUCUUCGACGGCGUGGUGCGAGGGUACAGCCUGAGGGACGACAAUUGCUUCUACUACAACUGCCUCGCGGGGCGCUAUGCGCGCAACAACUGCCCCGCCUACCUGACGCCGCACGGCUUUGCCAACCUGAAGCAGGGAGCCCUGGACUCCCUGCAGAUCCACACGGGCUUCUUCCUGCCCACCCUGAACAAGCGCAAGUACAGCAAGGUCAUCCUCAUGGACCACGUGGACUGGCUCAGCUUCCCGCAGGCAGAGGAGGUCGCCGCGGCCCUGGGCCGGCAGGUGGUCAAGGGCGGCAAGGUCAUCUGGAGGUCUGCCGCCCUGUCGCCCCCCUACGCACCGCUCAUCGCCAAGGCGGGCUUCAAGGUCAAGCGUGUGUCAUCCAUCGAGGAGGGAUGCAUGGACCGUGUCAAUAUGUACUCCUCCUUCUACGUGGCUGAGAAGCUCUGA